AUGGCAUCCAUCUACGAUUUAAACCACCCACUAAAAUGGGACUCUGAGUUGAGGGAUCUCGAAGAUCACCCGUUCUUCUCUCGUGGAGGUCAUCACCACGGCCCUCACCACGGUCCUCACGCUCACCAUGGACCCCCUGGUCCUCGUCCUUUCUGGGCCUAUGGAGGUCCACCCCACCACGGCCAUCAUGGUCACCAUGGCCCCCCUCCUCCCUUCUGGGGAUAUGGAGGCCCCGCUGAACACGGCCACCGCGGCCGUCACCACCGCCACGGACGCCGCGGCGAGUCAGAGCAGCCCGAAAACAAUGAAGAAGUCAACGUAGUUGCCGAGCAGAACGCCGAGGCGACAUCUUCCACUGAGAAGGUCCCCGAGGACCAAGACAAAGAGGUGAACUCCUCUUCUGAGUCCGAUUCCGAUAACCACCGCGGCUGCCGCAAAGACAAGCACAAGGGCGGCAAGGGUCGUCACGGCCACGACCACGUUCGCGGAUUCGGCAGAGGUGGACGCGGCGGUAGAUGCGGCAAGGGUCGGCACGGACAAGACCCUGAAUUUGGAUCCUUCGAUCCCGGAUAUCCUUACCACGGCCCUCACUACAGUCCUGAAGCUCACCACGGCCCUCACCACGGAUUCCACCAUGGACCCCCUGGUCCUCCCCCUCCCUUCUGGGGAUAUGGAGGCCCAGCAGCAGGUCCUGGCCCAUGGGGCCCUCAUCAUCACCACCAUGCACACCCCAUGUUCGGCUUCGGCGGUCCGAUGGGCGCAAUGGGCCACAAAGGCCACAAGGGACACAAGGGCCCUAAGGGUCACAAGGGUCAUAAGGGUCACAAGGAAGGACGCCGUGGUCGUGGCAUGCGCCACGGUGGACCCAAAGCAGAUUUCAUGCGCCAGCUCAGCGCAUUCUUUGGAUUCCCCCUUGGCCCUCGCAAUGAUGUCGAAUUCCAGCCCUCCGUUGAUGUCUUCGACACCCCGGCCAACUACAUUGUGCACGUUUCACUGCCCGGUGCGAAGAAGAGCGACGUCAACAUCGACUAUGAUACCCAAGAGUCUGUUCUCCGCCUUACCGGCACUGUCCACCGACCCAACAUGGACGAGAGCCUGCAGCAGGGUCUGGUGAUGGAGGAGCGAGCCCGCGAGGUGGGAACUUUCGAACGCGAGAUUCGUCUUGGUUCGCGCUGCGCUCCAGCCCCUGUCAUUGUCGAAGGAAUUGUCGCCAUACUCGAGGAUGGUGUUUUGAAUGUGACCAUUCCGAAGACCGAGGAGUCGGAGUCGAACAAGUCAGUUCCUAUUGAAGUUGGAAAUGUCGAUGCUGUCCAGGAGAAGGAUGCUAUGAUGAUGGAUGAGCACGUGGACCGGGCUCUUACCCCUGGCGAGUCGGAGGAGAGCGAGUCUGAGGAAGAGGCGCGGGAGUACGUUAAGAUUGCUGUGCAGUAG